UGGGCGGCACCUAAUUAAUUAGCAUGUUUAUUUCGGCUUUUUUCUUAAAGAUGUGCUGAGUGUGUCCCGGCUACCGCUGUACCCCUGCAUGCUUCGCAGAUCGGUUUCGGGUCGCUGCCCGGAGGGUGGGGGCCACUGCACCACCCAAACUCCGACGACUCAGCCUAAAACACCAUCAUCAGUGUGCUCGGCGCUGACUUCUCGAUUCCGCAAGUUGAAGAAACUGAGUGAAGACAGCCUCACAAAACAGCCUGAAGAAGUUUUUGAUGUACUGGAAAAGCUUGGUGAAGGAUCUUAUGGUAGUGUUUUUAAAGCAAUCCAUAAAGAAUCAGGACAAGUUGUUGCCAUAAAGCAAGUGCCAGUGGAAUCUGACCUACAGGAAAUUAUUAAGGAAAUUUCAAUAAUGCAACAAUGUGACAGUGCAUAUGUAGUGAAUUACUAUGGCAGCUAUUUUAAAAAUACGGAUCUCUGGAUAGUUAUGGAAUAUUGUGGGGCUGGUUCUGUGUCUGAUAUUAUCCGACUACGAAACAAAACACUAACUGAAGAUGAAAUAGCAACAAUUCUGAAAUCCACCUUGAAAGGUCUGGAAUAUCUGCACUUCAUGAGAAAAAUCCACCGAGAUAUCAAAGCUGGAAAUAUUCUACUGAAUACUGAGGGCCAUGCAAAGCUGGCAGACUUUGGUGUUGCAGGUCAGCUGACAGACACAAUGGCGAAACGCAACACUGUGAUAGGAACACCAUUUUGGAUGGCACCAGAAGUGAUCCAAGAAAUCGGCUACAAUUGUGUUGCAGACAUUUGGUCUUUGGGAAUCACCGCAAUUGAAAUGGCUGAAGGCAAACCGCCCUAUGCAGACAUUCAUCCAAUGAGGGCUAUUUUUAUGAUUCCCACCAACCCACCACCAACAUUCCGGAAGCCAGAACUUUGGUCAGAUGAGUUCACAGAUUUUGUUAAGAAGUGUCUAGUGAAGAAUCCAGAGCAAAGAACAACUGCCACACAACUAUUACAGCACCCUUUCAUUAAAAAUGCCAAAUCAGUUUCAAUUCUGAGAGAUUUAAUCAGUGAAGCAAUGGAAAUCAAAGCUAAAAGACAUCAAGAGCAGCAAAGAGAAAUUGAAGAUGAUGAUGAAAAUUCAGAUGAAGAUGAAGUUGAUACCUACACCAUGGUGAAGACUAGCCAUGCAACCACAAGUACAAUGAGGGCAACCAGUACCAUGAGUGAAGGUGCCCAAACAAUGAUCGAGCACAACAGUACCAUGUUGGAAUCAGAUUUGGGGACCAUGGUAAUUAACAGUGAUGAUGAGGAUGGAACCAUGAAAAGGAAUGAUGCUUCAGAACAAUUGCAAAGACCAGCAUUUAUGGAUUAUUUUGACAAGCAGGAGAAAAGUACUAAGCAUCUUGGAAAUUGUGACCAAAAUCUGCAGGAGCCUUUCCAUAAAUCAAGAAAUCCUUUCCCUGAUAACUGGAAGGUUCCACAAGAUGGGGACUUUGAUUUUCUGAAAAAUCUGAGCUUUGAAGAACUACAGAUGCGAUUGAGUGCACUGGAUCCAAUGAUGGAGCGAGAAAUUGAGGAACUGCGUCAAAGAUAUCAGGCUAAACGACAGCCCAUUCUAGAUGCCAUGGAUGCAAAGAAACGGAGACAGCAGAACUUCUAGUUGAACUUCUUAUCCAUCUAAACCUACCCACACUAUCCAGGGUAGUACGUCUUUAUCUAUAAAAUGUAGUGUCAGAACAGUAACAGCAAAAGUAAUUAAACACUGGUCGAAUAACAUUAAUUAUAAUCUGCAAUCUUUCCUACAGGCAAUGAAGCAAACAGUUUUAGCAGCAAUGUAUUGUUCAUUUCUUGGCAACUUUUGUUUCACCACAGCUUCAAACCAUGUAAUGAAGCUAUAAUUCAGUUUGAAACAUGCUGUGUUGAGUGAGGCAGCAUCAACAAUCUGGAGUGUCCUUAACGUGGUAAGACAUCCAAGCAGCUUUGCAGAAAUGUUACCCCACUAAAUUUGAUUCUGUAAAAGAACUUCAGGAGAUCCUAGGGCAGAGGACCAAAACCUUGGGGAAGAGGUAGGUUUUAAGGAAUGUCUGAAAAGCAGUCACUGAGGUAGGUGGGCAGGCUUGAGGAAGGAAUUCCAGAGCUCAGGACUUUAGCAGUUGAAGGCACAGCCACCGUUAGUGGUGUGAGUAAACUUUGGAAUGCUCAUGAGUCCAGAUUAGAGAACCACGCAGUAUCCCGUCCAGAAAAUAUAUCACCAUUCUUUCAUUGUAACUGGGUCUAAGUUAUGACACGCAUUGGCCAAUGGCACAGCAAAUGAAUGCUUCACAAGAAAGCUUGCAGUGUGUCGAUAUGCACCUUACCACCUCCACCGCCACCUCCAGCUGAAGAGCCAAUACGAUGGGGAAUAAGUAAUAAUAGUGACCACAUGGUGUAAGCUCAUUUAAAAAUAGUUUGGCUCCUCAAUUCAAACUAUACCCAAUAUCUGUCACGAUUUACAUUAUAAUUAUUCUUGACAUGUAAAUACUGGCCAGCUCUUUUUAUACUUCCCCGAUGCACAAUGAGCUGAAGCAACUGCCACCUUGUUAGUUGCCUUCAAGACUGCCAAUGGCAACUCUGAAGUGUCCAAAUGUAGAAGUACACUUGUGGCAGUGGGUAAGAAUUGAAAAGCAACUUUAAAACUUCUGCCUCUAGACACCUGGAAAACUUUCAUGGGAAAUACCUCACAGCAAAGGCAGACGUCAUGAUAUAAGAACCACAAGUCCCUUUUGCAUGAGCUAUGUUCCGGACCCAUGCAGGUAAAAAUUGUGUUUUACCAUGCAGGUAAAAAUACAAUGUGUUGGUAUGCAUCUUCAGACACAGAUGGUAUCUGUAUGCUUAAUGAGGUGAUGCUUUUCCUUCAGUGGCCCAGAGGCAAAUCAUCGUUUAGAAAUGGACCUGAAAAUAACUUGUGCCAGUUGUUUGUACAAGUACAGAGAUUCAAGUCUGCUACUGGCGUUUGUAUGGUGAUAAAAUAAACACAUUGUUCCCGCUGUAGCUUGGUAGCCCUGCUCUGUGGUAUAACGAUGCACUGGAAAACUCAUUUGUGGACUUUACUUUGACCACAAAUUCUUCAACACUAAUUAAUGUACAGAAAUUGAUGUUUCAUCAAGGACUACCACUGAUUUUAUACAGGAUUAAAGUGAAUGCUUCAUUGCCUGUGAAGGUGUUCAUCAACCAGAAUGCCAGAGUGCACAUAACUGCGAUAAAGAUUGUAGUUAAUUUAUUUCAAUGUAAAUACUGAUUUUAUUGAUUCAUACAAGGAUUUAAUGGUAUCAGCAGGCAUCAGUUUUAUAUUUGCUUCUGCUCUACCAUGAUGCCAACAGAAAGUGUCUAUUUUCUAAAUGAUUACUUUCAUGCUCAACUAAGUGACUAUUGUUACAGAUGCUGCAGGCUGUAUUUACUGUAAGUUCAUGAAAGAGGCUUCCAGUGUUGCAAAUACCCCAAAGAAACACAUUAUUUAUUGUAUUCCAACAAAACUCCUGAUUUUUCUUGCUAAGUAUUUUCAUAGACAUUGAUGCCCUCAUGGUUGGUGGUGACAUUUGAAAAUGAUAUUCUGCAGGGCUUUCUUUUUACCCCAAACAACCUUACAUGAACACAAUUUGAUUGCAUCCCCUACUCCCUUAAAAUUCUGACUCCCACUUGAGAACUGGACCUUAUUCAGUUAAGCUCAUUUAUAACUGCUGUAAAUUAAAAGAGCUCAGAAGUUAUUGUGCAUUUGUGUUUAAUUUGUUACACAUGUUAUUCAUCCAGUCCCAACACAAAGCAUCACUUGCUGGGGUUGGGGGGAGGGGGGCGUGUGCACUGGAUAUGUAACACCUUAACUCAAUUCAGUGUGACUUAAUGGACUUUUCAUGAUAUUGGAAAUGAAACAAUGACUCCUGAGGUACAGUACUCUGCUAGGCAUAUGCUGCAGCUACUGUUUAUAUUGGUCUGUAAAUGCACCCAAAACAUGACCUUGCUUAAGGAGAAAUUUAAAUGACACUGGUAGGUAACAAGGGUGACAUUCAUUUAUCAGUUGUCAAAUUAGAUUAAUGUUAGAAUAUCUUUAAAAAAUAACCAAGUUGCCCUCUAUACUGUGUUGACAUUAGAAUCUGUAGUAUUUAAAAUGUUUUGUACUUAUAGGUGAACUUCUGUGUGGUAACUUGUUCAAUCAAGACACUGAUGAUAAACAGUUAAUUGGAAGGCUCUAUGCAAGAUGUCUAUACUGACCCAAUUACCCCAAUCUUAUUUCUCUUUUAAAAUGGGGAAGUCUCUUGCUCAUUGGGUUCAUCCUUCCUCCCUACAGAGCAAUCGCAACAGCCAAGGUCUUCCUUUUCAUAUUUAACUGUAGCCCUGCAACUUGUUCUCUCUAAUGAAUCCUUUACCUGCACUAGUGGUAGUUUAUGCCAGUUAACUUAGCCUUGGGAUGCAGCAGGAAAUAAGAGAGCUAGGGUGGGAGAGUGGAACCAUUCAGUCAUGGGGAGACCAUGCAAACUCAAUGCAGAGAACACCCACGAUCAGGACUGAAGGAGGUGUGAGGCAGUACUCCAAGUGCUGCAUUAUUGUGCACGGUGAGACAGUUUCGCUGAGCAACUGCACCAUGUCAUACCAUACGCUUUGAUCUUCCCUUCAGGACUGAUUCUCCCUCCACCACAUUUAGGGUCUGACAGUGUAUUCAAACACACUUUUAGCUAAAUCUGGAGUUAAAACAUCUCAUGUAAGUAGGAGUGUUGUGCCUUGACAGAAAAGGGCUACACAAGUUUCCUGGGAUUGGUGUGGACAGUGCUGAAUGAACUACCAGAAAUGGAUGCUUCUGUUUGUGCUCAAGGAAAAGUGGAAUGUGUAUAUACUGUCUUAUAAGUAAUUUAUUAUUCUAGUAAUUAAAAGCAGAUUAUAGUUUAAAUCUUUAAAUCUCUAUCCAUCUAAAAACUUAAAUAAUGACUGGAUUCCAAAAAUCACUGCAAGUUGCCAAAUUGGAAUAGUUUCAGUGCCUUUUAAAUAUAUUCACUUGAUUAAUGUGAACAUUUCAAGUUAGAAUGAGUUGAUAAAGUGAGAUGCUGCUCAAAUUCUUUCUCUUGUAACAGGACAUGCACUGAACAAAUAUGAGUUUAUCCUCUAUUUCCUUAAGUGAACCUUUGUGUGCAUACUCAACGGGAAAAGCCACACUGUAAGAAGUAAUGAUUCACUGUAAUCAGCCCACAGUGGAUUACAUGAAGGUUAAGGCUUAGCUUGCAUAAAGCCAUGUCUGCUUUAUUUAACUACAUCCCACAAGGCAAUAUUAGCAAUAAUAGGUGACAGUCUUACCCUACAAUAAUAGUGUUCCAGUAUAGUGGUCUCAAUAUGUGUUAAACUUGGAGAUUUGAAAGAUUUGGCUCCACAUAAACUUCUGAAGACCAUUCUUAAGCUCUGUUUGCAUUCAAAAUAAUAUUUUCUUCAAAACUAAAGUUUUGCCCAUGUGCUUGUACUGUGGUGUUCUUUUUUUUGGAAAUGUGCUGCUUUCUUAUGAACACCAAUAAUAAAUAACAAAGAUCAGGUGAAUGUGUAAUGCUUUUAACUAAAUAGUAUCAUGGUGGGACUUCUAGCGAUAGUGAGGCAGUAAUCAUGAGCAGUCAACUUUGUGUAUCGCAGUGUUUAACUGUUGACGUAUGCUGAGAUUCUUUGCUUAAAGGGAGAGUUGACUCAACAUGUGCCAAACAAGAAUGGUAGGAAAGGAAAACGAAGUAAGGUGUGAAGAGGUUGUGUAGAACAUAACUGCCACCCUGUGCUCUAAAUUUAAUGUAAUUACUUUCAUUUCUAUAAAACUGAUAACCAUCUCAAUGAAGAGUUAAUUAUAUCAGUUGUACAUUGAUGCUGGUCUAAAACUGCCUGAUUCUCGGUAAAUCCUUGAGAAAAUAUUAUAUUAUUAAUCAGUAAUUCAAACAGCAUUUACAGAGCAUUAUCAUCUCAGGAAAACUUCCCAAAAGAGCUUCACAGAAGCAUAACCAAAAAGAGUUGUGCUGGCAAGAAAACAGAAGCUAUGCUAGCAAUAAAGCAGCACUUGUGUUGGCAUCAGCAUAACUCCUGUCCACACACAUACCUUCUCUACUUCAGGGCUAUCUGCUUUGCUUUCCUCAGACUUAAAACAGCUGGAGUGUAAACUAUAAUGGAAGAUAACUUGUAUUCCAAAUACAGCACCUCAAAUGAAUGCAGAUAAUUAGAGUUCCAAAUGGAGAAAAUAUUACUUGUCCCAACAUCUGCAGAUUUAGAGUUAAUUUCUCCCAGUGCUGGUGUGUUUCUCUUAGUGCAUGAGAAUUUUAUAACUCAAUUUGCUUUAAACAAAUUAUGGCCUAUUGUCACCACUUUUCAGCAACUCCUACUGACUUGAAUUGGUAAGUGUAUUUAUCAGUGAUGUUGUUAAUCUUUCUUUGACUUGUUGGAUUAUUUAAAAUUUUAAUCUUUGGGUAUAGCUGGUUGUUGUUAACAAGAAAAUCUAUAUAUUUUGGAUUUCAUAUGUUCAUUUUCUUAACAUGGAACACUAACUUAUUUUACGAUGUGCCUUCUGCUGUAUCCCACAAUAAAGAAAGUUAAUA